AUGCGACCAAAAUUACAGUGCAUAUCACGCAUUGUCAUCCUGCUCAACCUGAAAUUGAGUAUCUAUGCAUCAACUUCCAAGGAAGAGAUCAAUAUCCAAACUGACCGGGUCAGCACGAAAUGGAGAGGCACCUUUGUUGCAACCGGGCUCAAGACGUGGGAGACCUUGGAAUCACCUUCAUUCUCUAAUCAGGUCCUGAAUCCAGCAACUCGUAUCCCAAUUUCAGAAAUCAAAAAUCAAUUCGCUCACCCCGAUGAACAUAUGUUGGAUGAGCUCAAGAUGAACGCCCACAAAUCUUGGCAAGGUACCUUUCAUCUAUCUAAUCUGCAUGUUCAGACCCACAUAACAUUUAUGUUUCUAAAUGACGCAAUACCAAACUCACCAUCUUUUGCUCGCCAUCCCACUCUUUGCACCUCUGAAGAGGUGCCGCAUAAGCCCAGGGGGCUGACGAAAAAACUCUUAAGAAGAUCACCCGCACUCGAAGGUUUGGUUCAUGGCGCGAGCAACAUUGGAGAGGUAGCACAGGGGUCAAAAGCCGCAGAAACUAUAUCUGAUAUCAACAAAGCUCAUGAUAUUUCGGGAUCCAGCAAAGCUUUGAGCGGUACGGACACUGCAAAGCUGGGCAAAGCCGAUUCUUUUCGGGGCAAGAUAUCUAGAUUAGAUCCGGUUCCAACGUUGUCAAGGACGAAGUCAUUGCCGAAAUCAUUGAAAGGAAUUGACCAACAAGGCACCCUGGAGGCCAUGGAUCUGCGUUUCGACAAGUCUUUAUUUCAAUUGACAGACGAUAUUAUGGAACGCGAGCCGAAGGGACCAUACGUAGAGCUUGACAAAGAGGAGAUGAUAUAUCAGCGGAAGACACAACGACCUCUCACUUUCGAAGCAUUCCUUGCACUUUACGCCGAAAAAAACCUUUUCAAAGCUAUAAUCGAUGGCGAAAGCGAUAUGCAAACCAUCAAUGCGCUAGCCGACAUAGUCGAGAAACAAAGAGGCAGAUAUGUCGAAGUACUCAAGGACGGCAUAAAGAAGGGUGUCGAGGUCAAAACGUUUCUAGCCUAUACUAGCGUCUUAGAUGAGCACAUGGAUGUACUUUACAUGCGAAAAUCAAUAUGGGCUCAUGAGGUAUCUCCAAAUCAAAUUGAAAAAGCAAAAAAUCCACCCGAAAGAGCUGCACGCAUUUCAUUUCCAGAGACUUUGGCUGAAGAUGAGACAAGAGGCAAGGACAGUAAGACCAAUUGGCAGAAAUCUCUUUCGGAAAUCACAGCAGAUGAAUACAUGAAUCAUAUGUACAAAAAGAAAUCAAGCAUUGAGAUCAUUCCAGCAGAGGAUCCCAGCAUAGAGAAGGUCACAGCCUAUGCAAUCGAUGCAGCGGAGGACGAGCGUAUCCUUCACUCUGAAUUGACACCGACGAAUUAUUUCGCAGCACGAGCAUCACGCAACUUAUAUCAGUGGCAUCUUCAAUCUUAUGUUGAAAAACAUGGCAUCGACUUUUCCCUCUUCACAGAUUUGCAGGAAAUAUUCAAUCAAAAAGGGAUUCAACUUGAAAUCCAAACUCCACGUCAAAGUAAGGUAUUGGUUUGGUAUGAUAAAUUCGCAGCCAAGUUUCAAAAGAUGAUGCGUGGGAUUAAAAAGAUUUUCAAAAAGUUUCUAACAAAAAAACCACCCCAAAGAACUUCUAGUUUUGUUGAUCCAAGGGAGAUCCUUUGA